AUGCCUGUCCCGUGGGAAGCUCUCAUUCCGUUCGGCUUGCUCACUUCAAUGUUUGCAGCGGCCGGAACACUCUUGAAUGUUUCCAAGAGGGCUCAGAAUCAAGGCAAGCCUGUUCGAUACCACAUCGAUUCUUGGGACGAGAUGAUGAUGGACCGUGAUAGGCGGCUAACAGGACACAUACGUGGGCAAUCUUCAAAUCCGGCACCUCCGGAAGGUUUCGAGACGAGUAGCGCUUGGUACACGGAAGCUACAUCAUAG